AUGAGGAAGGCCCAGCGACGGCCAUCCAAGGCCAAGGUAAAGGUCAACGCAGAAGGGAAGAUCGUUAGACCGGACAAACCGAAGUUGAAAUCCGAGAGGUCACCGCACGACUUCGACGAGGAAGCCGAAGCAGAUGCCCAGUACUACGUGGGCGAUCGCGAUGACGAGCGGAAAUGGCGUGAGCGCAAGGAGGAAAGGGAUAAGGUGAAGGCCGAGAACGCGCGGAGAAGAAAACGAGGCGAGGACCCACUUCCUCUGCCGACAGUUCCAUCCCGGAAGAAGCUGCGACGCGCACGCGAUGCUCUGAGGAAGCCUCCGAAGCCGCAAUCGCAUGAUUCAGACUCGGAAGGAGGGGAAUUGCCAGGUGUGCUGGGCUUCAACCCACUACCCAUCUUGGCAGCAAAACCCCACGAAGUGUUCUCUGUGGAGACCAUUGUCCUUGGUCAUAACGGCAAUGUGUCCGUGCAAAGCUCAAUGUCGGAAACGAGUAGAUUUGAUCACAAAGUCAAAGCCCAGCCCUGUCCUCCUUUGAAAGACGAGACCGCCACUCCUCCCGAUGUCGCGCAUCAUCCACCACAUCUCGAGGACGUGAAACCCGGGCUACUUGCAGACGUCAAACGGGUCUUUCCUGAGGACGUCAAGCCGCGCGUUUCGGAAGAUAUCAAACCUCAGAUGCCUCAGGACACGAAGCCUCGAAUUCCGGUAGACAUGAAGCCGCGAAUGACUGAGGAGACGUCCCUUGCUCAUGCUGAGACUGGAGAAGACGAGGGAGAAGAGGACAGCUAUGAGGAUGAUGGAUUGGUGCCAACGUAUUCGAUUUCUGCCGACACUAAGCCUCAUGUUAGUGCCUACAAGGACAUGAAGCCAACAGCUGCCGAACUUCGGAAUGUCAAAGAAGACUCGGCGGACGAGGAAGAAGGUGAAGAGGAAUACGAUGAUGACGACUUUGUCAUGGCGCCGCGAUCUGGACUUAGUCUCUCUGGGCCGCUCAUCGUCAAGCAAGAAGUCGAGGCCAUGCAAGCGGAGGAUACCGAUGAGGAAGAGGAGUAUGAAGAGGAGGACUGGAUUCAAGACACAUUCUCUUCAGCGGCCGCUCAGGCGGCCAUUGGCCCUUUCAAACUUGAUCCAGAAGAUCCCGGCAUCGUGAUCCCGAAGAGCAUCAACCGCUUCCUCCGCGAUUACCAGCGCGUCGGUGCCGCGUUCUUGUACAGGAAGUACAAGCAAGGUCACGGUGGAGUUCUUGGUGACGACAUGGGUCUGGGGAAGACGAUACAGGUCAUCUCCUUCUUGUCUGCCAUCAUGCGCAAGACUGGAACGUCGACGGACUACUGGCGACGAAAAAUCGCAAUCCGCCACGGUUCGGGGAACGGCAUACCCCCUCAACAGUGGCCCACGGCUCUAAUCGUAUGCCCCAAAUCCCUUCUUUUCAAUGUGAGUGGCACAGCGUUUGGCAAAGCUGAUGAUACAGUGGGCGCGCGAGCUGGACACGGCCGAGAAAUCUGGAAGCAGAUGGAGCAAGGAUAUCUAGAUAUCGUUCUGGUCUCCCAUGCUCUCGUUGGACAACUGAGGGGUCUUCCGUUCUCGACCGUGAUCGUUGACGAGGCGCACAAGAUGAAGCGUCCUGACUCUAGGCUUGCGUUUGCGGCCAAAAGUAUAAGUGCUCGCGCAUGCUUCGCACUCACAGGUACUCUUGUGCAGAACAGGAUCGAGGAGCUCUGGAGUGUUCUGGACUUCGUGCGAAGGGGAUGGGCGGGUACGCAGCAGGAAUGGAAGGAUUAUGCCGUGAACCCUAUCAAUUACGGCCAUAAGUUUGACGGCAGCCUGAAAGACAUGGUCAACGCGGUAGUGAGUGGAUCUGAAGACAUAGUGCUCACGUUCAGAAACGCGGACAAACGGCUCAUAGCUCACGAGAUGCCGAGCAAGAGAGACAUGCCCCUACUCUGUCCUCUCGGAUCCCGACAGGCAGAGCUGUACCAGAGAGUUGUGGAUUCAAAUGGUAAGAUCAGUAGUUGCCACGCUUACAACGCAGAGGUGCAGUAUCUCAUCAAUCACGACGCCCGUGACAAGCAUUUCGACUCGGUGCUUGGACCUGAUCCCAGCUUCCACGCUUUCGGUCGAAUAAGCAACCACUGCUGUACCAAGACUGGUGACAUCUACGAUCCAGAGAAGGAUAAAAGCGAGGAAGCGAUCUACGAAGCGAGGAUGGGCAGGAUUGAUUCUCAGGUUCUUGUCAACCUGCUUGAAGAAUGGCACUCCGAUCGAGAAGAGAGGAACAAAGUACUCAUCUUCUCCACCUCUGUUCGCUUGCUGAAAAUGAUCAGGAAGUUCAUCGAGGUCAACCAAAUGGUCGACAAAUUCCAAGACCCAGAACAGGACCUCUUCAUCAUGCUCGUCAGCACCCUGGCUGGAGGUGUAGGCUUGAAUCUCACAGCUGUGAGGGUCCUAUCAACAUUCAAACCAACUGACGCCAAGGCGAACAAGGUUGUUAUCUUCGAUCCGAGCUGGAUUUACAAGCAACAGCGAGCCCGUCAGCUGAACUAUGGCACCUUUGAGGCUCGUAUGUACACCGGAGUUGAAGGGUCUCCUCUAGAGAAGGGAGAGCUGUUCGGACUCAAGAACAUCUUUCGCUAUCGCCCCGAAGGAUUCGUUGUUCAAAACCUUGAGCGUGUGCGCCUCACCGAAGAACAGGUGCGCGCCGAUCUUCUUGCUGCAGAGCAUGAGGAAGAGUCCGACGAUGACGAAGAGAGGCGCGACAAGGAGGCCAAGCGUAUGAUGAUACAAGCAAGGGACGACAGUGCCCUGCUCAGCGAGCUUGCAUCGGACGGCGAUCCAACAACGGAUCCCGAGGAGCGCCUCCUGGAAGAGCUUGAUAUGCGUCACGACGAUGCAUUCAAGGACUCACCCGAGGAGAAGAAGAUUUUCGAGAUCGGCCUGCAAAUCCUUGCAAUGAACCCAGAACUGGCCAAGUCGAUCAAGGCGAACGACGCAGCCAAGCACCGGCCGAGGCUUCCCAAGCGAGCCACACAGGGCAUCAAGCUGGAGCCUGAGUUAGAGGAAGACCCGUGGAAGAAGAGACUGGAGAAGUUGGAGCGUGAGAAAAAGGAAAACCGUGGCCGCGAGCGAGUCAAGCAGUUGGUGGACGAGGAGGACAUGGACGACUAG